AGAGCGGGGUGCGGCCGGUGGUGAGUGCGUGCGGCAGUGAGGCCGCUGUGUCCACGUGCGCGCGAGGCGGGGGGAGCCCUUCCGGAGCGGUGGGUGCUGGGUCCGGCCCUGCCUGGGGCGGCUGAGCUGGGGAGAUACUGCCACCACCAUGGAGGGGAUUGUGACCAUGUAUCAGGACUUCAUGAAGAAAGCAGACCCCCGCAUUGCUGAUUAUCCACUGAUGCAGUCCCCGUUCCUUGUGAUGGGCAUCCUUCUGGCAUAUGUCUACUUUGUACUAUCCUUGGGUCCUCGGCUAAUGGCCAACAGGAAGCCUUUAAACCUGAAGAAGUUCAUGGUGCUAUACAACUUCUUUUUGGUGGGACUCUCACUUUACAUAGUCUAUGAGUUCCUGAUGGCAGGAUGGCUUACUGGGUACACCUGGCGAUGUGACCCUGUGGACUUCUCACAGGACCCCAAAGCCCUCCGGAUGGUCAGUGUUGCUUGGCUCUUUGUCUUCUCCAAGUUCAUUGAACUGACAGACACGGUGAUCUUUGUCCUGAGGAAGAAGAAUGAACAGGUCACAUUCCUGCAUCUCUUCCAUCACUCUGUUCUGCCUUGGAGCUGGUGGUGGGGAGCAAAGUUUGGUCCAGGGGGAAUGGGCUCAUUCCAUGCCAUGAUCAAUUCCAUGGUGCAUGUUGUCAUGUACUUCUACUAUGGGCUCUCAGCAGCAGGACCUGCCUUUCAGAAGUACCUGUGGUGGAAGAAGCACAUAACAGCCAUCCAGCUGGCGCAGUUCGUGAUUGUCUCUGUCCACAUCUCCCAGUAUUACUUCAUGCCCAGCUGUCAGUACCAGUUCCCCAUCUUCAUCCACCUCAUCUGGAUUUAUGGGACCAUCUUCUUCAUCCUCUUCUCCAACUUUUGGUACCAGUCCUACACCAAGGGCAAACGGUUGCCCAGGGUGGCUCAGCAAGCAGCCCAGCACAAUGGUAGCAGCAUCCAUGAGAAUGGCACGGUCACCAACGGCAAGAUCAAAGCCAACUAGAGGGCAAGGCCCUCCCAGAGCCAAUGAGAGCCCCGGGGCAGAGGCAGCUGGGACCUGUUCCCCUGCUCCUGGGUGCCACUAGCCAAGUCAAGUGCCUACAGACUGUUGUACCCCUGUGCCCAGCCCUCCUGUCCUCUGUCUGCAUGCCCAGCCCCUCUGCUCUGAGCAGCCAUGGGCAACUUCUCCUGCUCCUGGGAGGGCUCAUGCUCAGUGUUGCUGAGCAGAGAGGCAGCUGCCUGCAUCACAGCUGUGGGGCUGCAGUCCCAUUCCAGUGUUUCCAAAGGAUCUUCCCCCAAGUGCCUACAUCUGGCCCUUCUGCCUGGGGGCCAUUUCCUUCUGAGUAGGACCAAAAGAAGAGACCGAUCCCUGCCCUGGUGCCCUCUCCUCUUCCCUGUUUCAUCAGAGCCUGUGUGGAUGAGCAGACUUGUCCCUGGUUGCUUGCUGCCAGCCCAAGUGCUCCUGCUCUACCAUGCCUUGUGCCACCUUGUUCCAUGCCACAGUGCUGCAUGUCCCUUCUGAUGGCUGUGUGUCCAGAUGGGGGGGACCCUGCCCUGGUGUAUCUGCUCAGGUGGGGCGGUGGAAAAUGCAGGGGCAGUGGUAUGGGACUCGAGGGCCCAGCCUGCCCAGUACAGUAACACAUGCCCUGUGCCUAGUACACAGCAGGGGUUGUGACAGCCUGAAAUUCCUCCCCCCACAACAAGCCCAGGCUGCCUUGCCUUCCAGUGCCUGGGCUGGGUGCUUAGCGUGUGCUUUAGCCACACUUACCUGAUCCUGUAUGGCAGCUGGUGGCCUGCCCCACAGUGGGGGAGGCCAAGCAUAGCCUUGCCUUGGACCACUUCCACUCCUGCAAACUCGACUUGAGCAAUAAUUGCCCCUAGAAUUUGCUCCUGGGCUCUCCUGCUUGGGACCAAGCCCUGCUCUGGCCCAGCAUGAGCACAGCAGAGGAUGGCUGUAGUGUGCCCUGUUGUGGUGUAAUAGUGAGCACCUCUGUGGAUCCAACUGAGCCUGAUUGAAGGUGUACUCUGCCCUAUAGCAGGGCCGUGCGGUAGCUCUACUGGGCCUGGUGCCCAUCACCUGCUCUGGCUGUAACCAAAAUGAUGCUGGUGGCCUUGAGGAUGAGGUGAAGAAGCCAGACCCUGUCAGAUUGGGCUGCUCUUCUAUCACAAAUAAACAAACAGAAGGAGAAAUGA